UGAUUGAAAUUCGCGAGGCGUGAACGUGCCUUAGUAACCUCGUUUAACCAUGCAACGAUUUUUGGGAAGGAACAGUCGGAGCCUGCUGCUGAGAUGUGGUCAUCGGUAUUUGGCCACCACUCCUGUGGAGGAGGUUUUAUUUCCCACCAAAUCGGAUUUUCCGAGCCGCCAUAUAGGACCUCGCAAGACGGAUGUGGUAGCCAUGCUGGAUACAUUGGGUUAUAAGUCCCUGGCCGAACUUACUGAAAAAGCCGUGCCCCAGAGCAUUCAACUGAAGAGGGAACUCGACCUUGCCAAACCCCUGAAUGAGCACGAGCUAAUCCGCCGCAUCCGCGACAUCUCGCUUAAGAACCAGCUGUGGCGCUCCUACAUCGGAAUGGGCUACCACAACUGCCAUGUGCCGCACACGAUUGUCCGCAAUAUGUUCGAGAAUCCGGGAUGGACCACGCAGUACACCCCCUACCAGCCGGAAAUCGCCCAGGGUCGCUUGGAAUCGCUGCUGAAUUAUCAGACUUUGGUAACCGAUCUUACCGGCUUGGAUGUGGCCAAUGCUUCGCUCUUGGACGAGGGAACCGCUGCAGCCGAGGCCAUGUGCCUGGCCACGAGGCACAACAAGCGGAAGAAGUUGUACCUCUCGAACAGGGUGCAUCCACAGACUUUGUCGGUGGUUAAGACAAGAGCCGAGGCCCUGGAACUGGAGAUCGUGGUGGGACCCAUCGAACAGGCCGAUCUGCCCAGUCGCGAGUUGGCCGGCAUUCUUCUGCAAUAUCCGGAUACCUAUGGUGAUGUCAAGGACUUUGAGGAUAUCGCAGCCUUGGCAAAGAAGAAUGGUACCCUAGUGGUGGUGGCCACCGAUCUGCUGUCGUUGACCCUGCUCCGUCCUCCGGCGGAAUUCGGAGCGGACAUUGCCGUGGGUACCUCCCAGCGUUUGGGAGUUCCACUGGGCUAUGGUGGUCCCCAUGCGGGAUUCUUUGCCUGCAAGCAGAGCUUGGUGCGAUUGAUGCCCGGGAGGAUGAUUGGCGUCACCCGGGACAUGGAUGGAAACGAUGCCUAUCGCCUGGCCCUGCAAACCAGGGAGCAGCACAUCCGCAGGGACAAGGCCACGAGCAACAUUUGCACGGCCCAGGCCCUGCUGGCCAACAUGUCGGCCAUGUACGCCAUUUACCACGGGCCGGAGGGUCUAAAGGCCAUGGCCAAUCGCAUCCACCACUUCACGCUGACCCUGCAAACUGGACUCCUGGCAGCGGGUCACGAAGUGAUCAACAAGAACUUCUUUGACACGCUACACAUCAAAGUGGCCGACAAUCAAUCACUGGAGGAUCUUAAAGAGCGUGCCGAGCACAAACAUAUUAAUCUCCGCUACUUGGACGAUGGCACUGUGGGCGUGGCCUUGGAUGAAACGGUCAGUGUGGCGGAUGUGGACGAUCUGCUGUGGGUUUUCAAGGCGGACGCCACUGUGGAACACAUCCUGGCGCGACGCGAUGUGCUCAAGAACUCCAUCGAGAACUCGAAGUUCCUGCGUACAUCACCCUAUCUACAGCAUCCCAUUUUCCAGAGCUACCACAGCGAAUCCCGCAUGGUGCGCUACAUGAAGAAGCUGGAGAACAAGGACAUCUCACUGGUGCACUCGAUGAUCCCACUGGGAUCCUGCACCAUGAAGCUCAACGCCUCCACCGAGAUGAUGCCCUGCUCCUUCCGCCACUUUACCGACAUCCACCCCUUCGCGCCCGUAGAACAAGCCCAGGGAUUCCAUCAGAUGUUCAGCGAACUGGAGCAUGAUCUGUGUGAGAUUACGGGAUACGACAGAAUCUCCUUCCAGCCGAACUCGGGGGCACAGGGAGAGUACGCCGGACUGAGAGCCAUCAGGAGUUACCAUGAGCACCGCAAUGAAGGUCACAGAAAUAUCUGUCUGAUUCCCAUUUCGGCACAUGGCACAAAUCCAGCCUCUGCCCAGAUGGCAGGAAUGAAGGUGGAACCCAUUAGGAUAUUGUCGAAUGGAUCCAUCGACAUGGCCCAUUUGAGAGCCAAGGCGGAGGAGCAUGCCCAUGACCUAUCCUGCCUAAUGAUCACCUAUCCAUCCACCAUGGGGGUGUUCGAGGAAACGGUGGCGGACAUUUGCACCUUAAUCCACAAGCAUGGCGGUCAGGUGUACCUGGAUGGAGCGAACAUGAAUGCGCAGGUGGGCUUGUGCCGGCCAGGAGACUAUGGCAGUGAUGUUUCGCAUCUCAACCUGCACAAGACCUUCUGCAUCCCGCACGGUGGAGGUGGUCCAGGAAUGGGUCCCAUUGGAGUGAAGGCCCAUUUGGCGCCCUACCUGCCAGGACAUCCUGUGGUCAGUCCGUUGAGCAGUGAGGAGCACAGUUUCGGAGUGGUUUCCGCCGCUCCCUUCGGCAGCUCAGCCAUCCUACCCAUUUCGUGGUCUUAUAUCAAACUCAUGGGCAGUCGAGGACUGAAGAGAGCCACCCAGGUGGCCAUCCUCAAUGCGAACUACAUGUCCAAGCGGCUGGAGCAGCACUACAAGACGCUCUACAAGGCACCCAACUCGCAGCUGGUGGCCCAUGAGUUUAUUUUGGACAUACGCGACCUGAAGAAGACGGCCAAUAUCGAGGCAGUGGAUGUGGCCAAGCGGCUGAUGGACUAUGGCUUCCAUGCCCCAACGAUGUCUUGGCCCGUGGCUGGAACUCUGAUGAUCGAGCCCACUGAAUCUGAGGACAAGGAAGAAUUGGAUAGGUUCUGCGAUGCAAUGAUUUCCAUUCGUGAAGAGAUAGCCGAGAUUGAGGCGGGUCGCAUGGACAAGGCAGUGAAUCCCCUGAAGAUGUCUCCCCACACCCAGGCUCAAGUCAUCUCGGAUAAAUGGGAUCGACCCUACACUCGGGAGCAAGCUGCCUUCCCAGCUAUCUUUGUUAAGCCUGAUGCCAAGAUUUGGCCCACUGUGGGCAGGAUUGAUGACGCCUAUGGCGACAAGCAUCUCGUUUGCACCUGUCCGCCCAUAUUGCCUGAUUUAUAAACAAACCUUGAUUGUUGACCCUAACUUUUUUAAUAAAACUAAA